UCGUCGAGAAUGGAGGCCGCGGCGUGUAGAAGUUGGGCGAGACGGCUGUGUGCUGCCCGGAGUCCGUCCCCCAUGGCAGGAGGAGCGACCGGCUGCUGAACCGGUGGCUGGGCGGUUGUCAACGCGGGCAGCAUUCUCAGCGGAGCUGGCGGUUUCCCGCAGACAGUUGUUGGAUGCACGGUUUGGCCUGAAGCGAUGGCAGAUUGGGGAGAUUGCUUCCAAGAUCGGGCAACUCUACUAUCACUACUACCUGCGAACGUCUGAGACCGGGUACCUGAAUGAGGCCUUCUCCUUCUACUCGGCAAUCAGACAACGCGGUUACUACAACAGCGCUGACACAGACACACGUCCGGACCUGUGCGUGAAGAAGCUGCGCUACGUCGCGCGCUUCGUGGUCGUGUCGCUGCUGCUUCACAAGUACCAUGUGGUGCGCGACUUGGUCACGGAGUUGACCAAUGAGGUGGGAGCGUACAGCAGACAGCACGGUGACGAUGAGCAGGAGUGGAGGAUGGUGCUGCAGGAGAUACAGGCGUUCGUAGACGCCGAUCCAUGGCGGUUUUUGGGUGAAGGAGGCCCUAUCGCCGUGGCGACGUGCCGGCUGGCGCCCAGCGAGGCGCUUGCCCUGCCGCACAGCCUCCUGGUGCCUACCCCUCUCACCCUCGCCGACGCCAUCCUGGUCGGCAACUGCGCUGAGCAGGUGAAGUUUAGCGAACUGACGCUGGACAUGUUCCGCAUGCUGCAGGCCCUGGAGCGAACACCCCGAGGCCAUGUAGCCCCGGCAGACAGGACCCCUCCAGCCAGGCCCCAGGAGCCUCCGGAGCGUCGUAGAGAAAACCCCCACAAGUAUCUGCUGUACAAGCCCACCUUCAGCCAGCUCUACACGUUUGUGGCCACCGCCUUCAGGGAGUUGCCGCCUGACUCGGCGCUGCUGCUCUAUCUCUCGGCAUCUGGAGUGUUCCCUCCUUCCGACUGCAAAGAACGAGGGCCGUACGAGCAGGGAGGCGUGAUGACAUACACGCGGCGCGACACCGCAGCACCAGACCCGGCCACGCCUGCGGCGGCGCACACCCCACUGCUACGCCACAUCCACUGCCUGCACCCCGGCGACCUCCUCCCCUUCACCCGAAAGCCGCUCGUCGUCGUCGUCGACUCGCCCAGCAGCUCAGCCUACAAGGGCGUGUACAGUCCAUUUGGCGUUCCCCUGCUGUGCCUGCUGUCCCCCACAUCGUGCCCCAAGCACCUCACAGGCUCUGGUGGCGGUGGGCUGUUGACUAUUUUUUUGGCGUGCCCUGUGGCGGGCUUCGCCAGCUUGUGCGGCAUCGGGGGGCCCUUGCCCGCGUCGCUUGUCGCCACCUGCUGCGAGCGGGUGCAGCAGGGCGAGGUGGAGGCGCUGGCGCUUCUGGGGGCGUCUCAGCCAGAGCCCUCCUGGCUGCUCUUCCUGGGGGACGUGUUUAUCCGCCGCCUGGUGGCUCGGUUCAUCCUGAUGUCGUGCGCCAUGCGUGCACAUCGCCAACUCCGGGCGUUGGGCUCGUUUCCUGAGUCGCGGCCUCCCCUUCCCACGGAGGAUCUUCUCUCGAAUCCGCGUCUGCUGGCGCUUGUGCGGGAGCUGGCCACCUCGCUGGACGCGCGACCCGCGUUCGUAUGAGCUGCUGCGUUGAUGACCACGCACGCCGCCAUCGCCAUCACCCUGCCACCGUUGCGAACGUAGCCGUGUGUGAAACUGUACAUCGGUAAAUUAUCCUAAACAUCUUCACGGCAAAGCAAUAAUUGUAGCGACCAGGUUUUAAUAGUAUCUGAUCAAACUUGGUAAGAAUAUUACCGUGAUGAGCAAAACAGAUUUUUAGAAUCAGUUAAAUAUUUUUUAAACAUCUAAGAAGGCAAACAAAAGUGUAACAUACUUUCUAUUGGUACGUCAUUUUUACCAUAAGCACACCAGGAGUGACGGAACGUGGAUCACCGAACGACCGAGUAGCGCGUUGUUUAUGCACACAGAGAGAAUUGUUCCAAACAGAUUUUGUGGUAUAAAAAAAAUUACAGGAGCACCAACUUUUUAAUCUAACGAAUUACAUAAAAUAUGACCUGUAUUGAGAAUAAAAGCACUUGCUCUCACAACAUGUUACGACUUAUGUAAAAUAUAAACACCUCCUUUAAUAGGUAGAAAUCACACGGUUGAACAUUUCCAAACUUACACAUUUAUCUAAAAAUCACAAAUCCCCCACACAUUUUGCAUGCUGUCUACCAUUUGUUUAAAUCACGGUUCAUGAGCACAGGCCCAAUGGCCUAACAAGUCAAGCAGCCAGCAGCAAAGAGCUUUUUUCAUCUUGGGAAUUAAGGUACUUUAGUAGGGAAUAUAAUUGAUUAUAUUUUGUACUUAAUUAUGAAUGUACCAUUUAAGUUACCAAAAUCUUUUUUUUUUUCUGAUCGGUGUAGAGGAUAAUAAGGUUGUCUAUGGUAGAGAAUGUUUAAGAGAAGGCAAGUGUACUUUUUACACAUGUGAGUAAGUUGUCCACUCCCGUCUUCAUUUACAACACAACUCUUACCAUAGUUUGUUUUGUACAGCAUCCUCACACAUAGUUGAUGAUCAUGCUCUAUGGACUGACUUGUGAAAUAUUCGCCUGUCACGGUUGAUUAUGACCAAAAGCUAGCAGACGGCGCUGCGAGUCUGUAACCACUCACGACCGAACUCAGUGGGCCGGAAGCAACGCGCGCGCGCGUUCCGGGAUCAUCUACAUGGCUGGGAAUAUCACGUCCCCACAUGCCCACACGACUCCGUGCGCCAGCCCUUUCCCCCCUCGACCCUACCCACACCCUCUGUGGCCAGAGGCCGACAACAUUUAGCAUAGGCACAGAUUAGGUUAGAUUUUUUAAAGUGAGGGGUUUUUUUGUAAAUUAUCUGACGGCAUUUUUUUUACGUUGAGCACAGCUGAGAAGAUGAACUGAGCGAGGAACGUCACCAAGCACGCGCCCCAUUUCCGUGCCGACCCCGCGAUGUGACGACCCCGCGACGUGACGACUAGACUCGAGGUCGGCUCACGUGUAGGGCUGCUUCCUGCCUGGGUUUAACCCGGGCACUCCGGCAAGCGGCAUCUGUGUUCGCGUGGCAGAAAUCUAUUUGUACCGAGAUCUCAGGAGCGGCACUGUGUUGAACCUUAUUUCAGUUUUGCUGGACAGUUUUUGAUGAUGGACUGAGGCCGACUGAGAGAUGUUGCCUGAGUUUGGUCUGCAGUGCAAAAGGUGGCGAAACCCCACUCGUGUGUAAGUGGCUCAGUGUGAGCAUGUGCUCGCGAGUUCACUUGCAGUCAUGGCCCGAGGCCUCUUGGUGGCUCGGCCCGGCAGGGUGCUGUGGGACACCGGGAUGAGCCGGCGAACCUGGCUCCAACAAAUGAGCCGGCACAUUUCCCAUUGGACAAGCAGAUAGAGCGGUGAGUGUCGUGUCCAGUGAUAGGAACAUCACAAGGUGUACGUUUAUAGUCUUAACACGCGAGGCUGGGUUUUGUUAUCCAAGCCAUUCUGUGUACUUUGGGUAGUACAAGGAUAAAGUUGAAGGGAAUUACACUUAGCCACUUUACAAGCAUGCACUUAAUGUAAUCUAUGCCGCACAUUAACCUACAGCAUAUACUUAUAUCGUUUUUUUAAUGUUGCAAUAUAUUUGUGUUUUACAAACAACCUAUAUUUGAAGGCUGCACCUGUACCUUGUUUUACGUUUAUGUAUUUAAACUCAUCCCGGAGCCUCCUGUUUACAAUGCAGCCGUCCUUGGCAGUGACACGUUUUGUUUGUCUAUGGCCUCUACUCGAAUCCUUUGAUUCUACAACCAAGGCAAGAUGUAGGGGGACCCAGGCCACGGGCUUCCAGCCUCGAAACAGUCCCACCAGUCCCACGCUGAGCCUUCGGUCCCUAGUCUGCAGGUUACAAAGUAAAUAAUCGGACAUUCUUCCGUUACAUAUGAGACUCCUCCACAUAACAAGUAACUUUUUGUUUUUACACAGCCCGUCUGGGAGCGCAUAAUUUCAGCAGUACAGCUUCAACACAAGAAAGCUCUUGGACCGUUUUCGACAUUUAAUGUCUCGUCAGCAGAGUCAGGCUUGCUUGAGCUAAUACUGGUCAACUGCCAGAUGGGUAUAGGCAAGGAAUCUCUCUGUUCGAUACGGGUCCUAGUUUGAUGCAAAACUCUGUAAUACACGACAUAGGAUGACCAUUCGCGUCGGUCUGAAGAACAAGAUACUGAGACUUGUGUGGGCAUGAUGUCUCCCUCUCCAUGUCACCUGCCCUCUCCAUCUCCUUUGCCCCCUCUCCAUCUCUCCCCUGCCCCCUCCGUCUCCGCUGCCCUCUCCAUCUCUCCCCUGCCCUCUCCAUCUCCCCUGCCCUCUCCAUCUCCCCUACCCUCUUCAUCUCCCCUGCCCUCUUCAUCUCCCUGCCCUCUCAAUCGCCCCUGCCCCUUAAGUCUCCCCUGCCCUCUCCAUCUCCCCUGCCCUCUCCCCCGUCACCUUCCCGCUCAUGUAGGCUCAGCCUAGUUUUUCGCUUUCCGAGGGCACACCUCCACGGGGCCAGCACCCUAGGUGAGGUCAGGGUCGGUAGUGGGGAAAUGGCACAAUAAAUCGUUGUUUUCCGUGACUAUCUGUUUGGGAUAGGUGAGGCCAUUAACGGUUACAGUUGGCAUGUUUUUAUGUUUGCCUUGUAGUUUUAAACUCGGCUCGGUGUUUGAGUAGGCGAACGAUGUCACGGCGUGACAGCGUGGGUGCCUCGCCAUUCCCUCGCCGUGUUAUCGCUCCAUCACACUCUCAUACCGUGAUGUCACGCUCUCGCACCAUGAUGUCACGCUCUCGCACCGUGAUGUCACGCGCUCGCACCGUGAUGUCACGCUCUCGCACUGUGAUGUCAAGCCCUCGCACCGUGAUGUUUAGCCGUGACGCUUUCGCACCGUGAUCUCACGCCGUCGCACUCUCGCACCGUGAUGUCACGCUCUCACACCAUGAUGUCAAGCCGUCAUGCUCUCGCACCGUGAUGUCGUGCCAUCGCACACUCACACCGUAUGUUGCACGUCGGCAACACAAGUGUCUCGCUGCUAUGAUUAGCUGUGAGGUCAUGGCUGGUUCUGUGUUUUGCCGGCCCGAAGGGGGCAGCACAUUUAGACACGUGGUCCGCUUAGGCACAGCUCAGGGCCCCGCUCGUGGAAAUCGUGGCAGCUAAGCAGCUCAGCCUAAGGCUGAGCCUCGCUCCAGUACAGCUCUGGAUGGUUAUGGAAACGGGGCAAGCAUUUCCCUCGCGUCGUUACCGCUCCGUGAAGUGCACUGCCUGCCUGUUCUGCUGUGCACAGCGGAGUUUGAAGGCUACACAUAACCCAAGUUACGGUCUUUGAAAGUAAAUGGGACCCAGAGGUGGUGGAGCAGGGUGCUCGAGGCUAAGUUGAGCAGCAGUAUGUGUGUCCUGCAUGCGCUUGUCGAUUUGCCUCUUGCUUGAUACGUAUUGUGGGUGCCCGAGACCCCCUUAUCUGUAACAGUGACACUUGCAAUACAUGAAGUUGAUGUGCGAUAACCAUGAAUAACUUGUAUAUUUUUUAAGACGGCACUCAGCAUUGAGAGGAUUAUUCAUUAACCUUUGUGAGGUGCCUGUGCAUCUCACAGCCGGUGUUCGUGUCUGUCACUGAGGGCCCCUGCUUGAGUUCUGGGUAACCAACUAGAGGCAGGGCCAGGUUAUUUUAUGAAGUAAAUUCAUGGUUCCAGUUCACUCCCUUAAAAGAUGCGUACGUAGCGCACGGUGCAGUACGAUUACGUGGAACCGUGGAGGCUAUCUAAGGCAGUGAUGUCAAGGCUCACGAGAGAAUGAGGCGCGUGGCUCUGCUGUUGUGGUUCCCGAAUUGGAAACACGCUUCAUUGUGAACCGAAAUGCCACUACUUAAACACAAUUGAAAUUUUGUGAAAAAGGACCAAAAAAAUGUUCAUUGUUUGAAUGAACAAAAGGUUGAACGGUAAUCGUUUUAAAUCUUGCUCAACGCCACAAAUGUUCGUGGUGUGUUCCCUAUCGUCAUGUUAUCGCCAUCCGCAUUUCAUUUCCACUGCUGCGGACCCGCCGCCUCCGUCUAAUGUGUUCAGAUAUACCCGGCCUCGGUGGCCUAGUGUGUCCCACAGAGGCCACGGCUUCACACUCACAGACCGCACCUCGACAGACAGGGUGCAACUAGUUCUAAGGAGAUUACUGUGUGGAAUUGCAAAUAAGUAGAAUAGCAAUCGUGUACGGUACAUGUGCAUAUCUGUGUGGCUUGUGUGGUGUGUGUGCGUGUUUGUACCGCACGGUUUGUGUGGAAUAACCCGUGUUUUUGUGGGGUGCACAUUUGUGUAGCGAUGACAUGUCAUACAGUAUAUAUGCAUGUGUGCAUGUGAGGGUGUUUGGCACGACGUGUUUGGACGGUGCGACUCUCCGGUCUCCGCACGUUUACGUCGGUGCCCGGUGACUACACCAGCUGUCCCAGGGUGUUCUGCCCGCGAGUGCUUUUCACUUGUAGGGUAACAGGCGGCUGUUUGAGCCAACGCAGGAGAGGUUUACAUCCACGGUUGCACAAGAGGUUAGUGGACGGAUUAGUAUCUAGCAAUAGCCACUAUUCACUCCCAUAGACAAAGGCAAGACAAAUAUCCCAUGUAUAGCCUUAGACUUUGGGGGCAAGUGCUGUUAGCGAGCACCUAUGAAGGCCAGCACCAUGCCCGGCCGCUUUUAUAGACGAAGGCACACACACACGUUUGGUAACAGCUACAAAAUCGGUGUGUGGACAUGAGCUAAAAUGUGCGAGUAACUUGUAUGUCCGAUAAAGCUCUAAAGUGGGAAUAGUGAAGGUAUUCAGGGGUGAAACCAAGGGUUUAUUGUGGUGGUUGAAGGCUGUUAUCGUGAAUAGCAUGCACAGCAGGCGCUUUUCUUAUAAAGAUGCAAAUGAAAGCUUGUGCUGUGCAAUGCUGGAAAAGGUCUAACGCCACAUUGCGCACGUGUCAAGGCGCCUCUGUGUGAAGAGCACGUUUAAAUGUACAUCAAGCCACACACAGAUACUCGUGAUUAAUCUUAUAUCCCAUCGUCGUUCAUGCAAAUUGUAACUCACAAUGGCUGAGGAACAAGAGAUAAGCUGGAAUGAUGCCAGGUGGUGAGCCAACGCCAACAAUUGCUCUGCAGUUCUCGAUAUGUUAAGAUAUUUUCAGCAAAUUAGUGAAGGUUUAUACGUGGGAGGAAACCGGAGAGACUGGAGAAAAUCCACGCAUGCAUGGGGCAACACUCUAUCCCAUACAGAAGGGACAGAUGGUAUCGGUCCACACUUUGCUGUACUGCAUCGGCAAAACCUGGGUAUGGUACCUCCACGCCCACACGAAGGGAGUCUUGCAAAAUUUUGUUAUUUUACCGAUCAACCAACCCUCGCCUCCAGGACACGUGCAGCUUAUUCACCUACACCACACAACACCAAUCUAGCACUGUCGUGACACACAAUGACACGUAGAUCAUGUUAAACACUGCAUGCGCUACUUCUAAGAAGGUUAAUUUCCACAUUAAGGCCAGGGUUACAUUGGUUCCUCGGCACAAGUCUUAGUCAUCUGGGAGAAUGAAGAAAUUGCAAGAAAUGUUUGUGAAUUAUCAUUAAUGAAGCAGCGAUGUUUUAUUUUGAAAUUGGUAAAUAGCAAGGAAGUUUUCUAUGAAGUACAGAAAUGGUGGCAGCAACUGUCGCCUCGUCAUCACAAGGCUGUACCCGCGCCUGAACCGCCACCACCACGACGAAGCUUUUGCAUAAUUUAUUUUUGCCUGCCCACCGCAAGCACAUCUUUAAUCACUCCUAAUAGGUAGUUUAAUUCAAAAAUGUAAUACAUUUUUUACGAGCGCCUUAAAUAGCUUAAGAGUGAAGGAGACGAGGGUUUGCUCGGAUUUGCGUGUUUACAAGUUGUGUGGGCGGAGGCAUCUCUUGUGUGGCUGGGAGGCCGCAUUGUUUUGUUAUGAAAUUGAGUCCACGUGGGAAUUGGGGAACCGAAAGUUUGUAACCCUCUGAGAGCUGAGACAUUGUGGAAAUAUGACGCCCUUUGAGAGUGACAGGUUUCGGUGUGCGGUUGUUACCCAUAAACUUACGGUGACAUGGUGCUAAAUACGUGCUUUGUUUAUGCCAGUGAGGAACGUAAUGGUUCCCGUUCAACUGCCCUCUGUAUUUACACCCAAGCGUCUACCUUGUUUACUGUUAUCUCCUGUGUACAGUACUUUACUCCGCCAUCACUCGACACGCCCGAGUCAAGGGAGCACCUCCCCUCGUCUCUGAAACCUCGUGUGAAGAAGCUAAGCACAGUGAGAGAUCUCGAAGUUGCCUCUGACCUUACCGAGACAGUGUGGUAGCUUGUUCUCAUUUCUCAACGGCACUGCAAUGGACGGGUCUUGUUCAAUUGGGCAUUGAGGUGACGCUCAUCUCUCGCUUAAGCCCGGAGCCAGCGGUGGAAAUUCCUUAAUUCAUGUGGCAGGGCGAAUCCCUCCAUAGGACAACCACUGUUGACUUCCCCAUCAAGUGGUGUUUAUUUUAUUGACACUGGAGGGAUGAUGGAUGACGAAGUAAUUCCCAAACCGGGAUGUGACCUUGAAACUUGCGAAACGCUCGCUCUACCGCUGAGCCUCCAGGUCGGAUAUUUGGUGGAAAGACUCCUAUUAUAAUAAUUACAAUUCCUAUAAAGCCAGUACCUUACACCUACAAAACACCCGAUUUGUGUAAUUUACCUCUUCUCGGAAUAUCCUGACCAAUGCCCCCAACUAUACACCAAGUUCAGUAACCCAGCCCUCCAGAUACUGUCCUUUGUUCCUUUGACUAUAAUGCCUGUUUAGGGUUUCCCAAGCGGGAUGUAGAUUAACCCUAAAAGUAUAUAUGUAUGUGAUCCUGUGUUUGAUGGCUUUCAUGAUGGUCAGAUUUGUGGCGUGACAGCCCAUCACUUUGGCUCUCUAAUCUCAUUUAUUUGAGGCUCCCUCAGACACAGUGGGGUCAAUGCCUGUGUGUGCAUUGGAAGAAAGUGUCGCCCUCGGUAAGUUUCCCGACCAUAGCUUAUCAGUGUUACUUCUUUCAUUGCCAGUCGUAAAACUGAAAAGCCUAUCGGUUAUGUGAAUGACCUAUGCAGUCAUAAAAAAAUACUUGCAGCCUCAACAGUUGAUAAACAUGUCAACCUUUGGGGGUGGGCAGAAGUUGAUAAGGCGCCGUGUCUUCGGUUAAGAGGUGCCAGUUUGUAGGUGUAUUCUGUGCUCUUACUGACAUUGGUCACUGAACACAACAGCCCUAACACAGCACGGUUAAUACAUUCCGAGAUAAAACAUUUAAUGUAUAUUAUUUUAUAAUUUCAAUAUAUCAGCGUAUACUAAAUGCCAAAGUACACCAGCAAUAUUUUUUUAAAACAAAACGGAUAUUAAUGAGUGUGCCGAUUAUUCCGUAGACGUGAAACCAACGCACUGUUGAGGCUGAGUGAUGUCACUGGAAACACGACAGAUUUGUUGCACAAGGGCUGUGACGCCGCACACAAGUUGCGUGACAUGCAUGUAAUUACAAAGUGUUUAAGUGUUUAACGGUUGUCGACAAUAAAGCAAGCACAACGUAGU